CCCCGCCCCUUCCGAAGCCCCGCCCCGCCUGAGCCGGCAGCCGCUGCGUCCCCGGGGCAGCCUCACCUCCGCCAGUCCCCGCGCGGCCGCCGGGCGACCCUCCUGCGGCCGGACGACGCCCAGCGCCCCGCGGCGGCCACUCGCCGGCAGCCGGAGCGGGAGGGCGAUGCGCCUGGAGACCGCCGCGGGAGAAGCGCCCUCCGGAGGGGACGAGCGCGGGGACGCGCAGAACAAGCCCUGGGAGAAGCUGAGGAGCCUGGUGCAGUGGUCGCCCUGCGUGGUCUCCUUCCGGAAGCGCUACCCCUGGGUUCAGCUCGCUGGCCAUGCAGGUAACUUCAAGGCCGGGGAUUUGGGCCACGUCUUGAAGAGACACUGCUCCAACGAGCAGCAGUGCCUGGAGCGCCUGGGGGGCGAUGCGUUGCAGCCCUUCGUCCCAGCAUAUUAUGGGAUGGUGGAGCACGAUGGGGAGCCCUAUAUCCAGAUGGAGGACCUGCUUUCCGGCUUUGAGAACCCUUCCAUCAUGGACUGCAAAAUGGGCGUCAGGACGUACCUGGAAGAGGAGCUGGAGAAGGCGAGGCAGCAGCCCUGCCUGCGCCACGACAUGUAUGACAAGAUGGUAGCAGUGGACCCUUCCGCUCCCACCCCAGAGGAGCACGCCCAGCGUGGCGUGCUGAAGCCCCGCUACAUGCAGUGGAGGGAAUCGCUCAGCUCCACCAGCUCCCUCGGGUUCCGCAUCGAGGGCAUCAAGAGGGCCAGUGGCACCUGCAGCACCAGCUUUAAGAGGACCCGGAAACCUGAGCAGGUCGUGGAGGCCUUUUGGGACUUCCUGGACAAGGACAAACGCCUACUGAGCAGUUACCUGGACCAGCUGCAGGAGGUGAGGGCGGCACUGGAUCAGUCCAAGUUCUUCGAGGCACACGAGGUGGUAGGCAGCUCCCUCCUUUUUGCGCAUGACAAAACGGGCCUUGCCAGAGUCUGGAUGAUUGACUUUGGCAAGACGGUGCCGCUGCCUGACAAACAGACUCUGACCCACCGGCUGCCCUGGGUGGAAGGCAACCGUGAAGACGGAUACCUGUGGGGCUUGGAAAAUCUCAUGGCAAUCAUGCAGAGCAUGCUGGGAAAACCAGACAGCGCCACGGACGCAGGCCCGACGUAACCAGAGGAGCAACAUAUUGCCAGCUUAGUCCCAGUGACUCUGACUUAGUUUCAGCCAGAGACCCCAGGAAUGUCUAGGCUGGGACUGCAGCUACCGGAAGAACCUGGCAGCAGCAUUCCGAAUGCCCAGCAGUCAAUCCUUAUGGAAGCGCAGGUGGCCAGAGGCCCCCAGGACAGAGUUGGGGUCCUGGCCUAUCUCUUGGAAGCCGCAACCCCAAUGUACAGAGAAUACCCUGGCGCUUUGAGAAGGCAGCAAAGCUACAAUUUUUGAACGAGCGGAAGGAAGAGAGUUAAGAGUACCAACGCUGACAUUUCUUCUUAAAAGAGGAGGGGGCACUUCUCAAACACCCAUCGAUCAAGAGGCUUUAUGGUGCAAAGCCCUCUUGGGCAUCUUUCCAUGCUUGGAAAAAACAGCUCAGCCGAAGAACUUCCAUGUCACGCGCUGGAUGUAAAUGUGUAUAGAAACAUCAUGAUGAAAAUGGUUCCUUUUGACCUUCCUUUCAACCGUGAGACAUGCCCUGUCUCUGCACUAGGAAUACAAAGGGGGAUCGCUAGGAAGGCUCUUCUUUAUUGGUUCCCCUUCAUUAACCAAUCAAAAGAACACCUAGAAUGGCAAGCCUGAUUGGGGAGGCUUGCAGGGCUGAUUAAAUAAAUACGUUCAAACGAUCCACGGCUGGCACUCUAGGUCAGAGAUCCCCAACCUUUCUGGGUUGGCAGCCUGGAAUGGGGGGGGGUGAGAAAGAGGGGGCGAUUUGGGGGGGGGCACAUGCAUGGGUUGAGCGCCUGGGGUGUUUGAGACGAUGCUCACGCAAGUGGGGCUGUAAAUGCUCGUGAUGUAGUGACGCUCACUCAAGUGGGGCUGUGAGCGAGCACAAAUGCAUGCAGACUGGCUGGCCCUCAUGCAGACAGGUAGUGAUUAGGCCACUUCCUGGUAGUGGCCCAUGGCCCACAGGUUAGGGACCCCUAAUCCAAGAAAAAUCUGGAAAGAGCAUCUCAAAUUCAAAAUGACCUUUGCCUUGCUGGCUCCUUGGAGGUGGGAACUUCAAAGCAUCCAAAACAAGCCAUUUCUUACAGUCACUUGGCACAGAAGGAGGAAGGAGAGGCUGUUUUAAAAGCUAGGCAUUUUAAGGUAAAGUUUGUGGGCCGGCUGUAAAGAGUGAGGGAGUUGUGACGGCUAAGAGGGAGGGAAAAGCAACCAGCGAGGCUCUGAAUAUCACCCAGUCCAAGGCCCAACGUGUCUUUAUUAACACCAGCACAGGGUGAAAAGGCAGGCCGUCACUUGACUUUCACACCAGCAUUUCUAUUCCCCCCUGCUUUGUUUCAAAGUUGGCUUCAUUUAUAAUCAGAACAGUAAGCUAUUCUAAUUUCUAAA